AUGUCCUGCUCGCUUGGUCAAUCCACAGGGAUGGAUCCCGCCUUGGAGAAGUACCAGCUGACGUGGAAGGAGGAUGCAAGACCUGGUAAUAUAUCAAGUGAAUCAGGUGUGGAGUGGCGUUCGAUCUUUGACUCCUUUGGAAGUUCAUAUGCGCGUCGCCGGGACCGAAACCUCGCCAAGCUGGAUGCGCCGACGCCCAAGCAGGAGCCAGCAGAUCAGCAGCAGCAGCCACCUCAGCAGCCGCCUCGCAAAGAUGACAGUUUAGGGGAGAGGAGGGUAAGGAUCAGAGGGUCUAGGGCGUGGAAGUCUCGUACGCGCGCCGAGAAAGCGCAGCGGCCGCUGGAGUGUGAGGACCGCGAAAAGCUGCGCAGCGCGGGGGCAGAUCCACUUCCGAGUUUCCCGGCGUCAGAGUUUCCCGGCGUCAGAGUUUCCCGGCGUCAGAGUUUCCCGGCGUCAGAGUUUCCCGGCGUCAGAGUUUCCCGGCGUCAGAGUUUCCCGGCGUCAGAGUUUCCCGGCGUCAGAGUUUCCCGGCGUCAGAGUUUCCCGGCGUCAGAGUUUCCCGGCGUCAGAGUUUCCCGGCGUCAGAGUUUCCCGGCGUCAGAGUUUCCCGGCGUCAGAGUUUCCCGGCGUCAGAGUUUCCCGGCGUCAGAGUUUCCCGGCGUCAGAGUUUCCCGGCGUCAGAGUUUCCCGGCGUCAGAGUUUCCCGGCGUCAGAGUUUCCCGGCGUCAGAGUUUCCCGGCGUCAGAGUUUCCCGGCGUCAGAGUUUCCCGGCGUCAGAGUUUCCCGGCGUCAGAGUUUCCCGGCGUCAGAGUUUCCCGGCGUCAGAGUUUCCCGGCGUCAGAGUUUCCCGGCGUCAGAGUUUCCCGGCGUCAGAGUUUCCCGGCGUCAGAGUUUCCCGGCGUCAGAGUUUCCCGGCGUCAGAGUUUCCCGGCGUCAGAGUUUCCCGGCGUCAGAGUUUCCCGGCGUCAGAGUUUCCCGGCGUCAGAGUUUCCCGGCGUCAGAGUUUCCCGGCGUCAGAGUUUCCCGGCGUCAGAGUUUCCCGGCGUCAGAGUUUCCCGGCGUCAGAGUUUCCCGGCGUCAGAGUUUCCCGGCGUCAGAGUUUCCCGGCGUCAGAGUUUCCCGGCGUCAGAGUUUCCCGGCGUCAGAGUUUCCCGGCGUCAGAGUUUCCCGGCGUCAGAGUUUCCCGGCGUCAGAGUUUCCCGGCGUCAGAGUUUCCCGGCGUCAGAGUUUCCCGGCGUCAGAGUUUCCCGGCGUCAGAGUUUCCCGGCGUCAGAGUUUCCCGGCGUCAGAGUUUCCCGGCGUCAGAGUUUCCCGGCGUCAGAGUUUCCCGGCGUCAGAGUUUCCCGGCGUCAGAGUUUCCCGGCGUCAGAGUUUCCCGGCGUCAGAGUUUCCCGGCGUCAGAGUUUCCCGGCGUCAGAGUUUCCCGGCGUCAGAGUUUCCCGGCGUCAGAGUUUCCCGGCGUCAGAGUUUCCCGGCGUCAGAGUUUCCCGGCGUCAGAGUUUCCCGGCGUCCGUCCGAGUUUCGUUCCACUGA